UGCACCGGUGCCCACCUGAGAGUAUUCUGUUGUAGCUGGGAGCGCGGCACGGACUCCUUCCCGUUUUGUACUUUCUGUCUUUUUUCUCCCCACCCAAUGACGCCACACCAGCAAAAGACCGCGCAGUAGAUUCCUAGAUCAGGAAAUUACUUCGCCGGGUUGUCUCCGACACGUGCACUGGGCGUGCCUCGUAUCACCGAACUGAGUGCGGCUGUUUGACCCAGAGUAGAUUGUAUAAAGAGGGCUAGAGCUUUCCCCCAAGGACGAGUACUAAAUCAUCAAAUUCAAGUUCAAAUGGCUUCUGGCGUCAACUCCACGAGUCUGCCCUCUGGCAUGCUGCCAUCGAUGAUCGAAGAUCUGAUUCCGGGCCUUGGUUUCUUUUCCCAUUUGGUUUCUCUCUUUUUCAAUAUUGAUAUCUCAUCUCACCUACGUAUCUCUGCGGCAGUCCUGGCCUUCUUGUCCUUCGCUCUCCCAGCAUGUUGCAACCGGAUUAUUUUUCUCUUCCUAUAUUUUGCAACGUCGACUGAAAUAUGGAGCCAUAACAAAUUGUAUCCGAGCGCCAUGCGCUGGAUAUCCCUCCAACCAGCUUUGAAUCGGACCCGUCAGCGGGUAGCAGGUACAAGGACAAGUCUGUCCACGCCAUGGGAUGGCGACGAUGGCAAGGCCGAUGAUGAGGAAGAUGUUCCCAUGGAUAACCAAUCAUUUGGUCAGAGCCCAAGGGAAUUUUGGCUUAAAAGAAAAUGUCGUCGUCAUCUCGGUACACUCCGGUAUACACCUUCGCAGGAUAAAAUCCAUUUUUUCACGUACAAAGGCUCUUGGGUUGCAUUGUAUCGUCAGCCGUAUAAGGAAACAGGGAGCCCCUGGUUUGCGGCUAUGGAGAGACUUCAUUUUUAUGCAUUGCCGGGAAAAAGACACGUCCUCGAUGAUCUCAUGGAUGAGAUUCAUAAGACCCCUGUUAAUGGAGACCCCAAACAAGUCGCUGUGUACGAGGGGUUCAAGGUGGGGUCCAGUUGCCAAUGGAUGCAAGUGGCAUCUAAAGAUCCCCGAUUCUUCUCGACUGUAGCCUUGGAUCAAGAUAAGAAGAGGCGUGUUGUUGAAGAUCUCCAGGAAUUUCUAGACCCCAGGACCAAGAGCUGGUACGAGUCCCACGGGAUCCCGUAUCGACGAGGCUAUCUCAUUUAUGGUCCGCCGGGUACUGGCAAGUCAAGCCUGUCACUAGCACUUGCCAGCUUUUCGUAUUUGGAUAUAUACGCGCUCAGUCUGAGUGCAGUUGGCCUUGAUGAGACUGUCUUGGCUACUUUGUUCCGCGACCUACCAAAACAUUGCAUUGUUCUCCUGGAAGACAUCGACGAAGCCGGCAUCAAGAAGCGCAGCAGCGAUAGCCCCCCGAGCGGAAAGCCAGAUCACAAUGGAGUCGACCGUAUCCAGUGGUCACCUGGGAGUGUCACCCUUUCUGCCGUCUUGAACGCUAUUGACGGCUUAGCAGCGCAAGAGAACCGCGUUUUGAUCAUGACCACCAACCACCCCGAGCGGCUGGAUUCCGCUCUCUUGCGUCCAGGGCGUGUGGACAUGAAAAUUAACAUGGGUCCAGUUGAAUGGCAAGAAGCUCGGCAGAUAUUUCUCAUGUUUUAUUUGCAACCUGCUGACACUUUUUUUAUGGAGAUCACACCAUUAUCCAUACCAGCCAACCCUGAUUGGAGGCUGGAAGAUAUUGAUAACUUAUCCACUGCAUUCGCCUGCGAAGUGCCUUCGGGCCGGUUCACAGCUGCGGAGUUGCAGAGAUAUCUUUUGCAGUACAAGCAUGAUCCUUCUGCCGCAGUGCGCAACGUGAAGCGGUUAUUAUUCGGCCUUGAGUGCGACACGGACCUAUCGGCUUUUCGCAUCACAGAAUUGCCUCAUCAACUUAGAUUCCACGACACCGCCUACUGCAUCAGAGUUAGUGCCCAUAUAUUCUUGUGGGUCUCAGGAAAACCUUGUAUCCUUCUUAUUCAACGCGCUCUUUGCGAUAGCGAACCUGGAUUUUGGAAGGUACCCGCUGGGAGUUGCGAAGAACAGGACAAAACACCACGAGAUGCUCUAGAGCGAGAGGUUCGGGAAGAGACUGGCCUGCAACUGUCCCGAGUCAUUCACGCUCUCCCGAUUCAGACCUGGACGCGAUCUAAGGAAGGCGAACAGCACGAAUGGGUUGGCCUUCCAUACAUCAUUGAGGUCUCCGAGCUCGAACAUUCCAUAUCCCACGAAAAUAGGCAAGGGGUGUCAGGGCGAGCACUAAAAUGCAAGGACGUAAUACAACUGAAUCCUAGGGAGCACCAAGAUUUUGCAUGGGCAACAGAGGAUGAGGUGCGACGCGACAAGUAUAAAUUGUUUGGAAACGACAAGGAGACUAUCCUUGAGGCUUUUGCAACGGUGACACAGAACUGCUCAGUCUAAGUCCAGUGUCGGCGGAUGGAGUGCAGGUAUGGUAUGGUGCUGGAAGAUGAGGCUGGGUGUUUUGAAUGAUGGGAGCCACGGGAAAAAGGUGUAAACUCGACAAGCUUAGGAUCAAUUGCAGAUUUCGGGAUAGGCUUCAUGAAUGUAUUAGAAGAGGGGCUCAGCCGAGAAAGAAGCAACGA